AUGUUGAUAAAGGAGUAGUUUCACUUUAAAUAGUACAUUUUAAUACUUCUUGCUAUAGUAUUUUUCUAAGGUACAAGCUGUUUUAUAUUUGAUGGUGGAUACUUUGGUGUUAUUGGUAGAAUGAGCUUUUAAGAGAGAUUUAUAUAUACAACUUCUAAUGUCCUAGGCUUUUGUUACUAUCCAAGAAAUGUAUUGUUUGCAACCACUCUAUUACUUUAAAGAGACAUUAAUAGAAGCUAGAUGAAGAAAAAAUCAAUUUCUGAUUAGAGUCUUAUUACUUACAGCUUAAAUCUAAAACCUCUAGAGGAUCCUCUUCUUUAUUAUAGUAAGGUUUAUAAAAAAUCAAACGUGACUCGUAUACCUCUUAUUACUCAUAGAGUAUGGAUUACUAGUAAUGAAUCUCCUAUAGAAUUAACUAAUUUUCUAAGAGAGCAACUACUCUAAAAUCUAAAUAAAACUUAUUAUAAUCUUGAUUCAUCUGCAGCUUAGAGAGGACUAAAUUGGACUCAUUACCUAUGGAUACAAGAUAAAAGUCUAUUGCCUGAAACAGUAUAAUUAUUUCAAAGCUAUGGUGUAGUUGUGAAAGAAUUGAAAGAUUUGAAAUUGUUUGAUGAAAAAACAAAGUUCUAAUUUGACUUUUACCUCUAAGAUUUCAAAGCAGCAGCAGCUGCAAGUGAUUUAAUGAGAGGCGUUGUAGUCGCUGAGCAUGGUGGAAUUUACUUUGACAAUGACUUUAAAAUUGAUGAAUGGGAUUACAACAUUAAUUAUCUUUUUGAUUACUAUGGAAUCAGUUUGUACCUUUGGGCAGCAAGAUUUACGCUUAAUGGUUUUUUCGCAGCUAAAAAAGGCCACCCAAUUGUAGUUCACUAUAUGGAACAAAUGAAAGAUUCAUUCUCUUUGAUUGAAGAAGAAAGACCUCAUUACAUGAAUGAAUGUAUUUUCAAAACAACUGCAAUGAUAAUGUUUGGAACUGGACCAUCUGUUUUAGGAGCAACUGCUUACAAUUUCAUUAACUAAGAUGGCAAUUAAGAUUAUAUAGUUUUUGAGUAUAAUGAAAUGUCUGAAACAUAAACUACUAUGAUUGAUGAAAACGGAGAAGAGAAACCAGUAACUAUUAAAUUGAAUGGAAGGGAUGGAUAUUCGGCUUCAUGGCUAAAUGAUUUUAGAGAUUACUCAAAGUUUGGAUGGAGUGAUUUAAACUAAUUUAAUUGA